ACAACCUAACAUUUUAUUCCCCUUUUCAUCUAUCUUCUUCAUUCUCUCUUUCUCUCCAAACCCUAAUUUUCACAAACCCUCAAAAUCAUUGAAUAUAUUUUUAAGAAAUAUUCAGCAAUAUACACAUCAUCUGAAACUUGAAGCGACCACAAAUUCUUCUUGGUUCCUUGAUCAUCUAUUUAUAGCCAAAAAACAUUAUUAUAUAUUUUCCUUACAUACACACACAUUUAGAGAGCUUAUUGACGAUAUAUGGCUUCCUCAUCAGAACUAAGCUUGGAUUGCAAGCCACAAAGAUACUCUAUGCUUUUGAAAUCAUUUGGAGAUAAUUUUCAGAGUGAUCAAACCACACAAAAGCUUGAAGAUCUUCUUUCUCGGCUCGAACAGGAACGCCUCAAGAUCGAUGCUUUCAAACGCGAGCUUCCCCUUUGCAUGCAGCUCCUUGGCAAUGCUGUGGAAGUUUAUAGACAACAGCUAGAAGCAUAUAGGGAAAAUAGUAAUAACAGCAACCAAAGUGUCGUCGCAAGACCGGUUCUUGAAGAGUUCAUACCCUUAAGAAACACACCCGAAAAGGAGAACAACAAAGGGAAUAAUUGGAUGACGACUGCUCAGCUUUGGAGCCAACCUGAAACUAAACCAAAAAACAUUGAUCCAACUACAGAUCAGUCUCCCAAAGACGAGCUUGCUAGUAGUCCAAAACUCGGACAUUUUGAUGUCAAACAAAGAAAUGGUGGUGGGGCUUUUCUUCCAUUCUCGAAGGAAAAAACUUUGCCUGAAUUAGCUUUAUCUACGGAGGUCAAAAGAGUCUCCCCAGCCAAUGAACAUACUAAUGACCACGACUGUAAUGGUGAGAGCAUGAUCAACGGUAGUAAUAACAACAACAAUAAUAAUUCUUCGACAACAAGUCAAAGUAAUAGAAAGGCACGGCGUUGCUGGUCGCCUGAUUUGCACCGGCGAUUUGUCCAAGCUCUUCAAAUGCUAGGCGGUUCACAAGUGGCUACACCUAAACAGAUAAGGGAACUUAUGAAAGUUGAUGGUUUGACCAACGAUGAAGUCAAAAGUCAUCUCCAGAAGUAUCGGCUUCACACAAGAAGACCAAGCCCAAGCCCACAAACAUCAGGUGGGCAAGGCCCACACUUAGUGGUCCUAGGUGGCAUAUGGGUCCCACCAGAAUACACCACCGCACACGGCGGCACUCCAACUCUCUACCACCACCAAGUCCAAAACCAUCAAGGCAACGCGGCGGUGCAGCCUCCACCACACUUUUGCUCCUCUCAAGAGUUUUACACAGCUCGUCCUCCACCACAACAGCUCCACCACCAUCACUUUCAAACGUGUAACGGCUCAUCCGCGGAUGGCUCCGCGUCCACAGAUUCAGCUCAUCAGUUAACGGACAGUGCCGCCGAUGAUGGGAAAUCGCCAGAGAGUGGUGGUGGCGAAAGAAAAGGAUUGGCUGCUCUUAGGGAAGAAAGUGGCAAUCAGAGCAAUAUUAAUGGAAGUGAAAUAACUCUCAAGUUCUAAUUUUUUUUCUUCACGAUUAAUUUUAUUAGAGGGAAUGAAUCUAGGGCUAGGGUUUGCGGAUGGCUACAUGACUAAAUUCAUAUUGCUGGUAUGUGUUCUCGGUAGAAAAUUAAUUGUAGGAAGCAGCGAGUGUUUUAUAUAUCGAAGUUAUUAUGAAUUCUCAUAAAUAAUCUUGUUGAAAAUAAUGUUACUUAAUUAUAAAACUAUUACGACAUUUUUUGUACUUAUACAAAUACAAGGCCAGAUCUAAACCAUGAAAAUAGAUCGAGAACACUUUUUUGUUUGUUCACACAAAACUAAAACAUUUUAAUUAAACUAACUUAAUUAAACUAACUAAAACAUAUUAUAUUGCCCAAAUCAAAAUUUAAAACUAUGCCCUCAUACAUGUUUUAUCAAGACAACAAAACAGUAUAAAAAAUAACUUAAAUUUUCAUUAAAAAAAUCAAAUUUCAUAAUAUGUUUAUAAAAAACAUUGAUAUAAAAACACUUAUUGCUGAAAUAUAGAUCUUCUUGCAUUUUUUCCUGUAAAAUCAUCCAUUAAACUCGUAUAGUCAAGUUUUUCGACCAUAGCAGUCUCAAUUGAUAACAUAGCCAACCUAUUCAACCUAAAAUAUAAAUUUACUUAUAUAUUUAAAAAGUUUGACAAAUUUUAUAAUAACUAAAUAUGCCCAAUAGAUAAUAUUUUAACAGAAUAAUCUACAGAUUUUUUUUAUGUAUAUACUACAUACUAAUAAUUUUUUUUUUAAAAACAUAUGCCCCACUUAUUUGGAUGCCCUAAUCCUUGGCUUGGGUGGCUUCCCCUCAAGGCCGGCCCUGAAUCCACCACAAAUAGUAUUUUGUGGCAAAAAAACAAUAAUUUUGAAAAAAUUCUCAAAAUUACUGAGAAAUUAGUUUGGAUCACGUUUUGUCAUGAGAAAGUAUUUUAGUUGGUGUAAAUCUAAGUUUGAAAAAUGUACACGUUAAGUGGUUUGGGUUUUUGUUAGAGUCAUUUUAAAUGAAUAAAGAGAAUUAAUGACAUUAAGGGCCAUUUUUUUAUUUAAUUAGUAAAAUAUAAUUAACAAUAAUAUAAUCAAUACUAUUAAAAGGGAAGGAAUCCUAAAAAAUCUACUUAAAACAAGUCAUAGUUGGACCAUUUCAUUUAACUAGAAUUCCUAUUAUUUCUCAUACUACUAACUUGAUUAUUCUUCAUUAAAGACAAAUUAGUCAUAAAAAAUGAUACUAACCAAAUUCUCUACAUAUACAUUUACUAUAUACACAUUAUUCCAUCAUAAUUAUUUUGUGUUAUUAUUAAAUAAUUUCCACCAUAUAUUUGUAUAUAUGGUUACUUGUGAUUUAUUUAAUAGUAAAUACCUUCGGAGACUAUAAACAUAAUA